CUUCUUUGUGUCUAUGUUCUUGGUUUAACUUAUGUAUUUGAUAGAAAAUAAAAAGAAGAUUAGAGAUUUUGUGAUUUAGUGGCGUUUGAGAAGUUUUGGGCUUUUAUUCAUGUAUUAGAUUGAAAAGAUUAUCAUUAAAAGUUGUGGUGGAGUCGUAAUUAUUCCAUUCUUAAUUAAAGAUUUUGAGUUUGGGUUCGAGUUCUCUAUAUGGAGUCAACUUUGAUAGGCAGCGCAUUUGCCUUCCGUAGUUGGAUUUCUCGACGCGAAUUUGGAUCAGUUGGCUUCAAUGUGGAUACCUAUAUCGGGUGGGAUUGGACAUUUUUUUUUCAAUCGUGAGCUAGUUUUUGAGUUUGAGUUAGGCUCAAAAUCUUUUUUUUUUUUUUUUUUUUUUUUACUGUUUUGUGGUUUUUGCUUUUAGCUUUCUUGGAGUUUAUAAUGUGACUGAUUGUGGGUGUGGAACUUUCUAGAUUCUUAAGCUGUUGAAAUGUAUUGAAACAUAACCCGGGGCGGACCUAGGUGGGUGUCAGAGUUUCACCAGAACCCUCUCAGCAAAAAAUAUAUUACUCCGUAGCAUAUAUAUAUAUUACUUUUUGAAUCCCCUGAACCAAAGAUGAGAGGUAGCUUAGUGUUUCUGGCCAUGCUACUUGUACCAUGAUAUAGCCCCCCCGCGUUCCAAGUUUGAUUCUCGGUGUCUGCUGAUCAACUACUAUUCGGGGCAAUUCUUUUCCGAACCCCAUGAGUACAAAUUCUGGAUCCGCCUGUACUGACCAUAGAAACCAUUGAGGCGUUAGAAAUCAAGAAAACUACAUCAAGAAAUAGGAUAUGGCCUUAGAUCUUUAUUUCCAAGAGCAAAUAGCAGCGACUGUCUUUGACGAGCGUGUUACUCCUUUGAAGAAAUGGGAGACAGUUGAUGAUGAACGCGAAGAAGACAAUCUCUCUGGAGGUUUCGACUGUAACAUAUGCCUGGAUGUUGUGUGUGAUCCUGUUGUUACCUUUUGCGGUCACCUCUAUUGCUGGCCUUGCAUCUAUAAGUGGAUUAAGUUCUCGAGUAUCUCCUCAGAAAAGUCACAUCAUCAACAGCCACAAUGUCCCGUUUGCAAGGCUGAAGUCUCACAGAAAACGUUGAUUCCACUCUAUGGCCGUGGCCAAGCUACAAAACCAUCUGAAGAUGAUGUUCCAAGUAAAGGCAUGGUCAUACCACAAAGACCUCCAAGGCCAAGUUGUAGGAAUCACACGCUGAUGGCAACUACCAAUUCACUUUCAUCGCAUCAACCUCACCAUCAAAGUGAUGUACAUCAGCCACAUUCAGCCGGUCACAUGGCCUCGCCCGUGCUCAGCCUUAGUGGCACGACAGCGAAUGUGUUACACCCCUUAAUUGGUGAAAUGGUUUAUGGAAAUGCAUAUCCAAACUCAUAUAAUCUUGCAGGCAACACUAGUUCGCGGAUGAGAAGACAGCUAUUACAUACUGAUACAUCACUUGGGAGGAUAUAUUUUUUCUUCUUAUGUUGUGUAUUGGCAUGUCUUCUCUUGUUUUGAUCACUUUUUCAUGCUACAUUCUGUGUAAACUUGUAUAUAUGAUUACUUUGUUAGAUGAUGAAUAUACGAGCUUCGCGCAA